CACACUGUCACCAAACCUUGUCUUCCUCCUCUUCUCACACCAACACAACACAACCAUUUCCCCAAUCUUUCCCAAAAACCAUGCUUUCUCCCCCAAAUGAUCAUGUCCAUAUUCUUGAUCCUGUCACAACCAGAGACGAUCAUUACACCUUUGAUGGCUGGGAGCCCCUAAAUUUUGUCACCAAUGCCAAAAACCCAUCAAACAGAGGGAUCCAAUUCAGGCCUGAUGACCACCAGUCUGGUGUUUCUUCACCCCCCUUGUGGCAUAACAGCCCCCCGGGAAGCCCGGGAAGUCGCCACCCCAAUUACCGGAUGCUGUCCCCGAGUUCCAGAGCUGAGGCCAUUGCCAGAGGGCAGUGGGAGCUGAUGGAGAUGGUCAAGAACAUGCCCGAGUCUUGCUACGAGUUAUCUUUAAAAGAUCUCGUGGAACAGCCUGCUAGAGUAGUAGUAGAAACCCAAGAAGAAUGCUUGAUCAAAGACUAUGGUAGUAGCCAACAAGCUGUUGUGGCUGCAGAGAGAGUGAAGAGGCAAGAGAGUAGCAAGAAGAGUUCAGGGAAGAUGGGAAGAAGUGGGAGCAUGGAUAACAGAGGGCUGUUUCUGAAAUUGGUGUUUCCGAUCUCACUGGGAGGAUCAUCAAAGAAGAAAAAGAACCCAUCAUCAUCAGGGAGUGUUGGGAAGAGUAAAACAUUGGCUAAGGUUUCUCCUAAGCCAGCAGAGGGAUCUGAGAAAUCUAGUAAGAGUAUGGAUAAAGAGUGGUGGAAGAAGAAGAGAUCAUGGGGCUCCAGAGAGAGUGAUAGUAGCAAUAUCAGCGGCAGCAGUGAUGGCAGCACCACAAGUAGCAGCAGCAACACCAAUAGCACCAACACAACCCACAGGAGGAGAGGCUUUUUAACCAGUUGCUGGUCUGGCUUCAACUUCAGGAAAAGCAAAUCUGCAGAGUGAAAGAAAAAAAAAAUAAUAAUAACAGGGUGAAAGAAACAGGGGAAGAAGAAGAAGCAAUACUGGGCUUUUGUACUUUAGUAAAAAAGCUACUUGUUUCAUGGAAAUACAAACAAUAUGCUACAAACAGUACACUGGACAAGAGCUUUGGAAUCUAUAUUUCUGUAAAUUCUUCCAAAUAUUAUCAUUUGCUUAGAUCUUUUUCUCUUGUUAUGUAAAGUGAAAUAUAUAUAUAUACACAUCUUUUAUGUAGCA